CUCUCUAGCUCCUCAAGUGACUUCUUUCGUCGCGGGAGGCGGAGAAAAAGAGAGGAAGAAGCAGCAGCGCCAGGAGCAGAAGCGAGAAUAAAACGAUUAGCGCAGGGAGGAGAGAAAAAAAAAAGAUUGAGCGCGCGCCUUGGACCGUCAGACUCACCGGCACGCGCUAUUCAUUAAUGCGGAUCUACUCACUGCAGUCAAGAUCCACUAUGGAGAGCCUGAGAGUCUUGUGUUUCAGCAUGCUGCUGUGUGUGGCGUUCACUGAAACUUUGAAUGUGCACGAUGAGGAGGUGUUCUUGAACGAGGAUUUUCACAUCUUGUUGCCUACGGGCCCUGCUAACUUGAUCUUCAAGCCCAGGAUUGGUCCAGCAGGUGACGGACUAGAGAUGAUGAAGGACGGGGUCGUGGUAAGCCCGCGGGUCAAGCUGAACCAGGCUUUGAGCCACCUGAUUCUGGAGAAUGUUGGAGAAAGUGAUGAGGGACUAUACGUUAUCAGUUCCGAGCAAAAGCCUGAGGACACCAAACAGAUUAAUCUCAUCGUCAGAGAUUGCACGAUGGAGAUGAACGUAAUUUACGGAGCCGAUUUCCAGAUUUCGCUGAUUGGUGUCGCUACUCCUAUAAGUGUGGGCUUUCGUCCCAGGGCUGUGGAGGCCAAUCAGACAUCUGAUCCAGCAAAACAGCUCCUGACAGCUGAUGAAACUUUAAUUGAGGGCUACGAGGGCCGCAUCAGAAGCACUGAGCAGCGUUUUGUCCUGAGAGGUGUGACUGUGGCUGAUGAAGGCAGCUACACCAUCACUGAUGCAAAUGACAAAGUAAACAAGAAGAUCUGCCUUAAUGUGAAAGAGCAUCAGAAGUUUCUCAGAGUGUCAUACGGGGGCACAUUUAAAAUGAAUCUCCACUUAAACAGUUCCUCUGCCCGUCUGAUCUACUCACCUGACUCCAGCGGAUCAAACAACAACAACCAAUUGGUGAUUAUGGAGAAGGGCGAGCUGACCCUGCCUCCAGAACGUGACCUGGAGGGACGAUUCUCUGUGGAGGACACGGUGUGCAUCCUGGAGAAUGUGAAGACAAGUGAUGCAGGACUGUAUCAGGUUACUGAUCUACAGGGCUUCACCGUGUCCAAAGUCUACUUGGGAGUGGAACCAUACAGGCUGCCUAAUGUCUUUGUGGCAGUGAUUUCUCUGGUGGCUUUGCUGGUGGUGCUGCUGCUAGUGUGUUUGGUGUCGUGUUUGGUGAAGGUGCGCAGAAGGGCAAUGAAAGCCCGAGCCAUCGAAAAGAUCGCAAAAAAUGCUGGCAAAGAGGAAGGGGGUGCCUUUAGACAGGUAGUGAAGGAAGCAUGCUCCCGCCAAACUGAUGAGGCUCCGGCUCUCUCACAAAAAGAAGAUAUUACAGAGAAAUCCCAGAGUACUGAAAUCAGCAUUAAGGGUCUGGAAGUGUCUGCAAAAGAUACAAGUAUCCUUGAAAAAAACCUAGAGACCAGCGACUCAGGAGUAGGUUUCACUACUGCUGGUCUCCCACUGGACAGUGAUACUGAGGCACUAACAGUACCCAUUCAAGAAUCUGAUUUCCUGACAUCCUCUGUUGCCUCUGAUACCAAACCAACUGCCAAGCAAGACUCCAAACUUACUGUGUCUUCACCUCCCAAACCUGCAACAACCCCUGAGGUGAAGACGCCAUCUGAAACACAAGUUUCCGCAACUCUGAAACCUGCACCAUCUCCUGAACCCAAACUCUCAGUAACACCAACAAAAGAAACAAAAACCAUCUCACCCACUCCUGAGUCAAAACCGAGCUUGAGCCCAUCUCUAGAACCUAAAACCACCCCAGCACCAGAAGUCAAACCACCUCCAAGUCCUGAACCCCCAAAAGCAAUGACACCAACACCUGACCCGAAACUAGCUGUCACUCCGACUAAAAUGGCAGUGUCUCCAGCUUCUGAUCUUACACCAACCAAACCUGAUGCCACACCAUCUGCACCAGCUGCUGCUGCAACUCCUGACACCAAGCCUACCCUCUCUCUGACUCCAGAACCCAAACCAGCUCUCUCACCAACUCCUGAUGAAAAACCAACCACCAAUGGUACCCUUGAGUCCACCCCAGCUAUAGGAUCUUCUGAGUCAAAUGCACUCCCUGCAAAAACCCCAGAGACUGAGAAAAGCUCCGCAAAAGUACCUGAGGUCAUCUCACCCGAGGGUACAGCUCCAGAGGCUGAGCAAGCCUCUGCCAGCGAUGGUGCUGCUUCCUCAGGAGUGGAGGAAACUUCUACCACCUGAGGUCCAAACCACUACCUGAUUACUGCACCCUCCACAUGUCUUUUAACACCGAUGACAAUCGAGAUCUAACAGCAAACAAAAAAAAACUCAACAAUGUAUCACGGAGGGCAAUUUUACUCUAUAAAAACUUCACUAUAACUAACAUCCACUGUAGAUUUACCUAAAUAAUUCCUAUCUAAUCACUUUGUAACACAUCCAUAAACACUAAAGACAUACCACUACAGGUAUUCAUUGACUGUUUAUCUGACGCAGGCUGAGAAAGACUGCCUCUUCCAUGCAAACAAGAUGUACAGAUGCAACAUUCUUAUGAUACCUAAAUACGAUUACACUGCAUGCAAAAAAAAACAACAAAAAAAAAUCAAGAGAAUGAACUAACUUCAAUUAAUCUUUGAUGUAUUUAGAGACUGUGGUAGUGAACUGGGUGACGGUGAUCAUAGACCCCAAACAACUCUCUUUUUCUUGUUCAUUCCCCAGAGACAUUGGCUCAAUGUGUUUCUUUUCAAGUUUUGGAGAAUACAUCGACGCUGUUAGAAAUAUCAACAUAAGAAGAAAUCUUAAAAUAGCAUUGAAGAGUAUUAAAAUGUAUACUGAUCUAAAAAUGUUUACUGAGCUAAAAAAAUUCUGGGACUAGAGACUAUUACCAAGCCCAACCACAAUACCUGGACCUUUCUGAUGGAAAGAUUUUUGGAGUAUUUCCAAGGAAAACUAUUCCAGGCCAUAUUACAAAUCCUAUAAAACCAUUUAUCCGGAUCCUUUCUCCCAAUCUCAACACACUAGCAGAGGUUUCCAACACAGGAUUGACUUAAAAAAGGUAACUGAAAAAAGCAUACUCUAAUGUCAUAACAUUCCUUAUUUCUAGUGCGAGUACUAGUACUUUCAGUAUUAUAGGCAAAAAACCUGUAGAUUAAGAUCCAACUGGCAUGAGUCUGUUACAGUAUGUGUACAAUAUGGCUGCCUAUUUUUUAAUUAUGUAAUGUUUGGUGAGGAACUACAGAAAGAUUUUGAGUGGCCCCAGGUACUUGAUUGAGAUUGAGAUUGCGAUGAAGGGCAGUUACCACAGGGUUUAAAUGCUGGUCUUCAUCUUGGACUUAAUGGAAUACAGGGAGCUGAUCAUAAACCGGUGCUUUUACUCCAGGAAUUUUAGGGAGCCUCGAUUAGUCAAAGGAUUGAUUGAUUUACACAAAAGUUUGACUAAUAUCUAUCAGAAUCAGUUUACAGAGAUAUCGGGUGCUUCUUGUGGAAUCUGAACACCACUGCCCUCUUGCUGUUGCACCAGUAAUGUAGGAAAGGAAGCAGUUCUCUGUGACCUGAUUGGUCAAGACUUUCAUUGUCUAAAAAAAAAGAAAUGGGUGUGGCUUGCAGCUUGUUUACAUGACAUCGUGAGGUUAGAUUUUAGCCCUGGGUAGAUUUAGCUAAUGCAGAUGAUUUUUUUCGCUAAUGCGUCUACCUCGUAUUGUAAAAGAUCUUGGAUACACUUAGAAGGCUAACUUUACUGUAGUGCAAUGAUGGGGGAUAAAUGGUCUAGACUGAGUUUCUGAUUAAAGCACAAAACUUGUUAAGGCUUUACUACAUUUCCUUAGGCAAUUUGCCGACCUCCCUCUUCCCCCACCAUUAGCUCAGAAUGGCCUUGUUCUUUCUACACCUUUUACACUUGCACCAGUAUUACGAAUUAAAAUUGUACAGCCACACGGCCUUCUAGUGUAACAUAGUUUGACACACAAUAUAAGCGUGUUAAUACUCGUUUUACCCACUCUAAGAUAAUUACUCACCUUGAGGUUAUAAGGUUCUAUCUAAUUGCUUUUGGAUUUUUAUCACACUGUAUGAAAAGAUCGACAACAACAACAACAACAACAAAAAAUCACAAUAUCGUAAAAUCAUGGAAUGACCUGAUAGAAUCUUGUAUUUCUAAGAUUUUAAACAGAUCUGUAAAAAGGUUUGUAAUCCAUAUUUAGAAGCUGUAGGGAAUGUUAGCUACCAAUAUUACCAAUAUUAGCGAAUAACCCUUGCAGCCAUUAAUGCUUUUACACGUAUUUCUUUCUGUUUCUCCCUAUCUCUCUCUAACCUAAGUGCUAUAGACCAUGAGUCAUUUUACUCCCCAACAGCUGGUCUGUCGUUAUUUUAAGAACGAUUUAAGCAAUACUACGAGUGCAAAAGACUAUGCACACUCAUGCACAUUGGUCAUUAAGGCAGGAGCUUCCAAACCAAACAAAUUCUGCAAGGCAGUGACAAAGCAUAUGCAGUAUACAUAUUUUUCUUAGAAAAAUGUACACUUAUUGCACACAGUAUAUAACGCAUGCAAUUAUAUAAUGCCUAUAGUUCCAUUGUAAUGAUUUAUUAGGUACAGAAUGCAUCACUGAAGUCGAGUGGCUGUGCAAUGCAUUGCAUUCUUUAGAAUUCAUCAGGCGAUCAAAAAUGCUGUUUAAUACAGAAAAAAAAACAAGGUAAAGGAAUAAACUAUAUAUUCUGUACAUGAAAAAUUUGGUAAUAUGGCAUGAAAACACGGGAACUCAAUGAAAUAAUUCUUUCCCUCCCACUAUUCACUCUUAACAAAAGUUUCCCACUGAGUAUAUUCUGUAUCCUGAAGUAUCUGUACUGAUUUUCUACAGCAUGGUAGUACAAAUAUAUUGGUGUGCAUCAGGGUCUACGCAGUGACAGGAGAAGGGUCAAGCAUUUAAUAACGCUAUUGCCUCCACACCAGACGAAGGUUAAGUGCCUUGCUCAGUGGCACAAUCGCAUUUAACAAAACCGAAUGGGGGCAAGUGACCCAUUCUUAUAGACACCAGCUCUUGAAACACGGUUUGUUAGACAAUGAAAACUUUGUAUGAUUUUGAUGUAAUCCAUUCACUCACCUGUAAACUCUUCUCCCUGUCACGCGCUUUACCGUUACACCACGGCCAAAUGAAAUGCUAGUCAAAAUAAUUAUAUAACCUCUAGAUGAGUAGUAGUCAUAGUAACUGUGUUUGCUAAAAAACAAAAAAAAAAAACCAAUAGCUAAGUUAGAGCAUGAACUCAUUUUUCUGAACAUUGCUAAGUGAUAACAUGCAUCCCUUUUUUGUAAAAACAAAACAAAACAAAAAAACACAACAAAAAAACAGUGCUGUUUUGUUCAAUAUUUAGUGAAAAGCGCUGCAAUGAUUUUUUUUCCCCCUCCACACGUUUGUAGUGUGUGCGCAGUAUGUUUGUGUAUUCAGUGUUUGGUACUUAUAUUGUAUGUAUUUACUACUAGCACCAUAAGUAUGCAUUAGGUGGAUGUGUGUGUGUGUGUGUGUGUGUGUGUGUGUGUGUGUGUGUGUGUGUGUGUGUAUGGGUUCUGUGUUUACAAAGAAACUACACUGGAGAAAUGAGGAGGGCGAACGCCGCUGGUUGCUGGCAUUUCACGAACCAUAACAUCCCGCCUAGCUGUUUCUGCUCUCUCGCAUACACAUGUCCCAAGACCAUACAGGAGACCUCCCUUUUCAUUUUUUCCUUGACUAGUUGUUCGGCUAAAGCAUCACGAACGACAGGAUGUGGUGUGCAAUAAUCGCGGUUGUUUUUAUGGCGUCACAGUGCUGACUGAGAUCUCGAAUGUCUAUUUACUGAAGAGUUGCUUAACUUUUUAGAGAGGAACUGGUCAUUUGCUGAAAUGUGAUUUUUGCUGAAACGUGAGAAAAAUAGCUGAAAUAAAAUAAAAAAAAUCAAUCAAUUUUAGUAGCUAGAACAAAAAAAUUGUUUACAGAUAUGAAAAAAAACUUGAGAAGUCUGUACUCGGAUUAUCAUUAGAAGAUAUUUGCAAUACUUUCAUGGUAGUUUUUGUUUAUGUUGAGAUUUUUGACACGCUGAGGCAACAUUUUAAUUGGUAGAAAUCGAAUAAUGAUUCAACUAAAAUUUGAAAAAGCUAACAAAAAGAAAAUGCAAGAAAUUUCAACAUAGAUCAAGGUGAUCUGCAAAUUCAACAGACUAUUUCAUUGAAUCUUUCUUUGUUAUCAUAAGCAAUGUGAAAAAAAAUGGAAUUAAUAAACAGUUCAGUGAAGAAGUCUUAGGCACAGGAAUUGAGGAUGCAAUGAAAUGAAUAUCUUUUCACAUAAGGAAGAAGUAUAAUAAACAGGAAUCAAUGAUAAACUGGACCAAGUCAAUAUUUGGUGUGACAACCCUAUGGUUUUAGGUAUAAUUUGUGCAGUUUUAUAAGAACAUUGAAAGGGAUGUUUUUGAAAUGAAAAAUCAUUUUGAAAUGAAAACCAAAUGAACGCAACAUACACAGACCAUUAUUUUGACUAAUUUUACACAUUUUAAUAUCCCUUACACACUUAUCAGGACACAUUUCUAUAUAAAUAUGAGCUGUUGAACGAUUAUUAAAGCAAGAGUGCAGCCUGAAGCCUCAUUCUCUGUAAACCCCAGUAACUACACUAACCUAGAUAGUGACAUCCUGUACUUUAGAAAGGAGACUUGGAUCUUUGGAGAGAAGUAAUCAUGGCUGGUCUAGCUGUAUGGGACAGUCAAAAGUCACGUGUACUCGUGUGUGUGGUAAAAGCUUAGAAGAUAUAUCGGGCAUAUGAAAGAGCAUUGUGACUAUGAAGGUUGGUGUGUCGUUAGGAUUGAGCAGUUAUGUCUAAAGCAACCUAUGGCGUGUGUGUGCUGAAUAAAUGGAAUAAUAGGCUGUGCCUGCAGGAUGACACGAAGUUCCAACUGCCUCUAUCUUGUGUCCAUCAAAGCCCAGCCUCUAUUCGAAGACCUAUUUCCAGUUUGUCCAUCUCUGUGGUUCUGUUUUGCACAGACACAAAUGCACACAUUUUGUGAAGGAACAUGACAUUUGUUCUGUUAUAAUAAAAAGCAAGGUGUAAAAAGCAA